AUGGAUUCGUCAGCUGCGGAAUUGUCGCACGAACCUUCUGCGACGGAUACCCCACCGGCAGAUGCAACAACUUCGGUACAGGCGACACCUGCGCCAGACUCCGCUUCAUCAGAUACGCCUGCGUCAGAUACGCCUGCACCAGCGGAUGCGGAGCCUGUCAGGAGCUCUGCGGCACUCGCAUCCACCACCACGGUACAGUCUGACCAAUCGCCAGCUGCAGCAGACGGUACACCAGUGGCGUCAGACACGCCCGUAUCCUCGUCAGCAGGAGACGCAAGCGGUCCCAUUUCUGCUGGUUCCGACGUUCAGCCAGUUCCUUCUGACGUGGCACCGUCGGUUGAUUCUGAUCGUGAUCCUGCCACGUCGUCGGGCCCUGCUCGCCGCAGCGAAGGCGUUGCGGAGAGGCGGGAGGACGGCGCAACGGCUGGCGGAAGGGGCGGAAAUGGUGAAGCGCAGGGAAGCGAGGUGCGCGGAGGGGGAAGCGGCCGAGGGGGAAGCGGAGGAAGGGGAAGAGGUAGGGAAGCUACUAGGACUACCAGCAGCAGCGGUAGGUCCGCGAAACCAGCGUCUGACGCGGUAAGGCGGUACACCGCUGAGGCAUCUGCUCCGCCGGCCUCACUACUGGAGCAGGCGCAGGCGUUACCCGGUUACUCGCUCUUCUCCAAGGGCCUGCAGUCGCUUCGUUCGUCGCUCGCCAGCCCUUCGCCUGACUCUUCGCCAAGCCCUGCGACAGGGAGAGCAGGUGGAGGUGAGGGGGGUAGUGCCAGUGGGUCAGCAGGACGAGGACGAGGAAGAGGAGAAGGGAGAAAAGAAGGCGCAGGUGGGACAACAAGCACGUCUGGUGCUACUGCUGGGCCUGGAGGCGCAGCAGCAGCAGGAGCGGGAGUUGGCGGAGCAGCAGCAGGGGAAGGAGGGGGAGGGGUUCCAGUGGUGCGCAGCGCAUCAGGCGGAGCAGCAGGGCUGGGCGGGCUAGUUGGGGGAGCGGCAGUGGACAGCGCAGCAGUGCGGGAGUCCGCCAAGGAGGUGCUGAAAAGCGCGGAGAAGCUGCAGGAGAACGCGCGCGCUGCCCUGGGGUCGUUCUUCACGUCGCUCUCUGAGAAGGGCACGGGCGCGCCUGGAGGGAGUAGCAGUGGCAGUGCGAGCGGUGGGAGUGGGAGCGGGAGCGGCAGUGGCAGGCAGGCAGCAGCAGAGGCGGCGGCAGCAGCAGCGGCUGGGAUGCAGCAGCUGUGGCAGUCGUUCUCGGUCUCAGCUGCUCCUGCUCCGGCUGCUGCUGUUCCUGGUGCAGGGAGGGGCAGGGGGAGAGGAAGGGGUGGUGGUGGAGGGAGGGGUGGGGAGAGGCGGGGUGGAACAGGUGGGGUUGGUGCGGGUGCAGAGGGGAUCGGAAAGGGGGAUGGUAGUGAAAAGGGAGGAAAGACGGGUGGAGGGAAAGGAGAAGGCAAGGCAGAAGGGAAGGGAGAAGGGAAGGUGGCAGCAGCAGUGGUGGCCGGAGGCAGUGUUGCAGGAGAGAGCGCACAGGGAGGAGGAGUAAAGGAGGGCGAAGGAGAGAAAGGGCCAGGGACAGAAACACGGGAGGAGGGGCGGACGGCGGGAGAUGCAGAAACGAAGGAAGUGGAGGUGGAGAAAGUGAAGGCGGAAGGAGCGGUUGGGAAGGAGGGGGUGACUCAGAAGGCAGAGAAUGAGGGGGAGGAGGGAGGGGAAGCGGGGGAGGGCGAUGAGGAGGAGGAUGGGGAGGAGACCAAGGGUGGCAGUGGGAGUGCUGGUGCUGGUGAUGGUGCUGGUGCUGGUGAUGGUGCUGGUGCUGGUGAUGAUGCUGGUGCUGGUGAUGAUGCUGCUGGGGAAAUAGGCGAAGAGGCAGGGUCGGAGGGAGGAGGAGGAGGCAUUAGGCUGAGUUCUGCUGACAAGGGGAAAGCGAUUGCCUCAGAAGAGGGUGACGCAGGGGAGAGUAAGAAGGGUUUAUUGGAUGGGACUAAAGGCCUGGUCGAAGGGACUAAGGAGCUUGUAGGUGAAGGUACUAAGGGGUUUGUGAUAGGGACGAGAGGGUUGAUGGAGGCGACUAAAGAGUUGGUGGAGGAAGGGAGGAAGGAGAUUGUUGAAGGGACGAUGGAGUGGGUGGAAGAGGGGAAGAAAGGGAUUGCGGGCGGUACGAAGGUGUUACAGGACGGUUCGAAGGUGAUUCAGGAUAGGACGAAGGGGCUGGUGGAGCGGUCGCAGAGUGCAGCAAAGGCGAUACAGACGCAGGCGAAGCACAUGGCGUCGCAUGGCAAGAGGCGGUUCCAGCAGGGCGGGUUUGACCUGGAUAUGACUUACAUCACUGCUGGGGUCAUUGCCAUGGGGUUUCCCGCUGGGGGCGACGUGAAUGCCGGCAUCAUGAGCAUGGUGGAGGGUCUCUACCGCAACCAUGUCACGGAUGUGCUUCACUUCCUCGAGACGUACCACAAGGGUCGCUACAUGAUCAUCAACCUAUGCGCAGAGCCUUUGUACCAGUACGACCCAUCGGUCUUCCACGGCCGUGUGGGGGCGUUCCCCGUUCCCGAGGGGCAGGAGGGGCUCGGUCGCACAGGCCUCAUGACCUCCUCUCUGCUGCUCUUCCUCAACUACUAUGCAACAGCAGACGAGGCGAUUAACUAUUUCAACGCCAAGCGAUGCACCGAUGGAAAGGCCCUUGUGCUGCCCAGCCAAAAGCGCUACGUGAAGUAUUUUGAAGAGAUUCUCAGGGUCAGGCACGGAAUCAUCCCCCCACCCCGCAAGUGUCACAUCCGUGGCCUUCGCAUUCAUCGCUGCCCCUACUGGGUGCGACCUGCCAUUGUCGUCUCCGACCAAUCAGGUGUUCUUUUCAACUCACGCAAGCAUCCAAAGACGAAAGACUUCAUGCCGGAUGACAUGUGGCACCAGUCGACACAGAGGGAGGGCGUUGUGGUGUUCGCCCUGCCUGGCGAGCGUGGAUUGGCCCCCGUGGAGGGCGACUUCUGCCUCAAAUUCAUCGACCGCAACGGAGAGUUCUACUGUUGGCUUAACACAGGCAUGAUUCCCAACCGCCUUGUCAUUCCGUGUGAAGAAUUCGACAACUUUGACAAGCGCCGUCUCCCCUCGCCCGGGCUGCAAGUGGAGGUCAUUCUGCUGGACCACGAUGCCCCCCUGCCGCAACCCAAGAAGAAAACCCCCGCUACUGCUGCUGCUGCUGCUGCUGCUGCUGGUACCACCUCAUCGGCUGCUGGUUCAUCUGCUGCUGCUGCGAGAUCAGCAGCAGCAGGGAAGGGCGCAGGAUCAGAUGCCAAGGGGAAAGGUCUGGCUUCUGCUGCAAGUGCUGCCAGUGCUGCUUCCAAGCCUGCUCCUGCUGCCACCAAGGCCUCCUCAGGCUUCUCCCUCGCAGCCUCCUUCCAAAGCUUCAUGAUGGGAGCAACAGCCAAGCCCCAGGCAACUCCCCAGCAGCAGCAACAAAAGGCAAGGCAGCAAGCACCAGCGUCGUCCUCAGCCCCAGCUGGCUCUCGAACCGCUGCUGCUGGCGGCACUGGUGCUCAUGCUGGUGCCGGUGCUGGUGCUGGUGCUGGUGGUGCUGGUGCUGGUGCUGGUGCAGGGGGGCCAAAACACUCACUUGAGGGCAGUAGUGGUACCGGCAAAUCAAGAAAGGCAGAGGAGGAGGAGGAUAUGCACCCAGACAUCUUCAGUGACAGUGAUGAUGAUUAUGAUGAGCGAGGGGAGGAGGAGACGGAAGAGGUGGGGACUGGGCGUGGAGCAGGUGGAACAGGGAGGGUGGGGAAGGAGAGGAGGGAAACUCCUCCGCUGAUCGGUCUCGAGGAGGCUCCUGGUGUUCCCUCACCUGCAGCAGGCGUGGCAGCAGCGGCAGCAGGAGGCACAGCAGCAGCAUUGGGGAGAAUUGGGUCCCCAGCGGGCUCUGGCCUGAGCCUGACCUCCCUGGGAACAGCAGCAGCUGUUGCUGCUGCCAGCCCAGCAGCGGCAGCAGGAGCAGGAGCAGCAGGAAUGGCUGGGAGAACCUCGUCGCCCCUCCGUGGCACGUCCAACCCGGUAACCGCUGGUAACCAGGGCAUGGUAACCAGCCCAAGCCCGAGCUUCAGCCCCAGUCCCAGCCCGUCUCUGUCUGCUGUGGCUGCUGACCCAUCUGCUCUCUUCAUGGGAAGCCCUCUGCGUAAUGUGUCAAGCUCUGGGACACAGGCAGGGGCAGGGGGUGUGUUAGGGGCAGUGACAGGUGCAGGGGCAGGGGCAGCUAAUUCUGCUGCUGCUGCUGCAGGUUCUGCCAGUCCUGCUGUUAAAGCUGCUACUGUAGCAGUAACAGCAGCCAAGCCAGGAGCAGCGGCAGCAGGGGUGGGGGUAGGGGAGAGCAAGGAGAAGGACCUUCAGUUCUUUGGGCCGUCGAGUGACUUUGCCAUUGCUGCUGCCAGUGCUGCUGAUGCUUCAUUGUUCUCCUUUGGAGACGACGAGGAUGAUUUGGAGGAUUUUUAG